AUGUGUAGUGUUAAAAGGUCAGUUGCCCUGGAGAUGGAAACCUCUGACCCACACGUGAUCCUGCUCCAGAGCAGCUCUAAAGGGGAGCCCUUAUGGCUCAUGAAAAGGACAGACGCCCUGGAGAUGGGAACCACUUACUCACAUGAUCAGUUUCCCAUCUUUAGCAGCACUAAAGGCAACCUCAUUAAAGCCUACUUUCUGGAAUACAUCAGUAGAUCUGCUUUUGGACUUAAAGUUGCACGAGCUGCACAGAGAGUACAUUUGGCUGCAAGUGGUUCCAUGUUGCGGGGACUGCGUGUCAGUGAUGCAGCACCAGCAUGCCCGGAUCCGACUACAGCUGCAGUUCGAUCCCCUGUCAAGUGUCCACAAUUGGAGACUACCUCCUAUGACACUGACGUGGUUGUACAUUCUGGCCAGAAUAAGAGCAUCAGUGUACGUGUGGCGGACAUUCAGCCAGACCAGAUGGACAAUGUCCUCUGCCUGUUCACGUACAGCUGGGAAGUGAAGUACUCCACAUGGAAAAUCACGUCCUCCAACCUCGAGUGUGAGGCUCUCCAGUUUGAGUUCUCUGACGUCACGUUGCCCAUAGUAACCGCUCAGUUCACCGUGACGAGUGGGAAGAACAGCGUUCCAUUGGAUAAUCCACAAAAUAUCAAAGUCUGCAUCUACAAGUGUGGUACCAUGGUAACCAACUGCGGUCAGUGCCUUAGAAUGAACCCGGAAUACGAGUGUGGCUGGUGUGUGGGUGCAAGCCCCACAUGCUCCCUGCAGACUCUCUGCCCUGCCUCUGACUGGCUCGACCGCUCAGCUGUCUGUCCCAACCCUCAGAUACUCGGGGUACGUGUGGCCAUAAUGCAGGAGAUGAUGCCAAUGAUUCACCAUUAGAAGACAUGACGGUAACGGUGGCCCAGAACUCUGCUCAACUAGAGUUCUAGCAACAUUCUGACAUGCUCACAAACAACAAAACAUACUACCGGGAAUGCUGAAGAGCAACAAAUAGAAACCGAUGACUUUGUAGAAGAUUCAUAUGGUUAUGAUAAUGAUGCCGAUUACAUCUCAUCAGAGGAAAGUGACAGUGAUUGUAAAGGCACAGCAUAUCCAGAACGAGACACAGUGAACAUAUACGUUGAGGAAAGUUUAAAUGUCAUACAAGGAGAUGGAGACAAAGAACAGGUUGAAAUAGGAAAAUCCAGUAUCAAACUAGUGAAUGUACAGAAAGAAACCAUACACAUAGCUACCUCAAAGAAUACUAAUAUGUGUAAUUUUAAUUAAUGCUUUUGCAAUGCUUUGCAAUACCUAAAUAUGUAUA